GACUACAGAGUACCUUUGUUUAUCGUAAUUUUAACGAGUAUUGUUUCUGUUAAGCGAUUAAUUUUUAUAUUUCAUCAGCCUUCAAGUAAUAUAUUUCCAAUAUAAAAUAAUAAUAAUAAACAUUUGCAGUCUGAAUCAUACUUAAGAAAUAAAAAACAGUGAGUCAUAGAUAACGGCCACGUCAGUUAACAAUAUAGCCGGUCUAAAUUGUAAUAGAUAACUCAUAACAUUAACAUUUAGUUAAUUCCUAGCAGCUAAAACGUAAAAAGGUUUAACUUUCAACAGCGGAACAGAAAGCUUAUAACAAAACAUCAUGUCUGGAUAUCCUUAUGGAAACCCACAAUUUCCUCAACAACCAAAUGCUAUAUAUCCUCAAAUAUAUAAUCCUUCAUCUGCUCCACCCCCGGGUCCUCAAGGGCAACCCAUGAUGCCAGGCUAUCCAUACCAGCCAGGAUUUGCAGUUUAUCCUGGUCAAGGAGUUGGACAGCAGGGACUGCCACCAUCAGCUAUGUCAUAUCCAAAUGUUGCUCCAACUGCACCAGCUUAUGGCUACCCUGGCUUUCCAAAUGUUACUCCACAACAACCAUGGUCUGUUGUUGAAUGGAUACCUGCAACCCCACAGACUGCCCAUUCUCUAAGCAACAAAGCAGUGGUAGCUGGCUAUGAAGGGCAUGACCACAGUCCUCUUUGGGUUAUUAGGGCAAGAAUUCAGGGAGAUCUUGUACCUGGAAAGCUUGCUAUUAAGCAUGGUGCUGCGUAUGUACCUUGGAACGGACAAGAAAAUCCUGUGCAGAACUUUGAGGUAUGCUGUGCUCCGGCAGACAAGGUCCGUUGGAUUGAGAGUCGAGAUGGUAUAGUGCCACCAAAUGCUAUAGCAUCUGGUAACACAGCUGCUGGAGAGCCGCUGUAUGUCGGUAGGGCUAGGGAGCAAGGUUCACUUACUCCCGGAAAGGUCCACCCAAGCCACAAGGUGCUAUACAUAUCCUUUGGAGGCAAAGAAAUUGGUCACAAAGUCUAUGAAAUACUGUGCACAGUGUGAAAUUUUAUAUUUACUUUAAAUGUAACAAAAACCCUGAGGUUAGAAGAAACACUUGUAAAUUACAGGAUUUUCCCUCAAAUAAUUCACAUGAAUUUUAAAUAAUAAAAUUUCUCAAAGAUUUUAGUGAAAUUGAUGUUGGUUAAAGAUGAAUUAUUUUGCAAAAAUGCAUUCUAUAACAACAUUUCCGGUAAUAAGUAAAAUAAAUAUAUGAUUAAUAAUGAAUGAAUUAUAAAUAUUUAAAAAAUCUUUUUGUACCAUAGAUACUUAAGUGUGCCAAAUUGUAUACUUAUUUGUAAUUGUAUUUUUUUUUAUUUACCUUACAGGGUUUUUGUUAAUAAGGUUUUAAAGCCUACGCGAGAACGCCAAUAGCAUUUUUUAAUGUUUCGCAUAUACAUUUUCAAGACAGCAUUGUCAUUUCGAAUUAGAUUUCAUACCUAGAAGUAGUGACGUUCUCGCUAAAAGCGUUUAUAUUCAAUAUAUUAUCUCGAAUAAUUUAAGGAUAAUUUUAAGAAUGCCUGAAGAAUGUUGCAGAGACUGGUUUAAUAAGUAUUAAUUUUAUAUUUUGGGAACUAUGAAUAAAAUUUUAAUAAUA